GUGUGCACUUCACUCAAAGUUCUGAAUGAGAGGUGCAUGGCAAUAUCGCUCAAUGAAAACAAUGGACUUUUAUGAAGUAUCCGGAGUUCUCUCUUAACGGAAAGGAAUAAAAUAAUUAAUUAUGGGGACCUUCCUGAUGAUACUCAACGAGAUAUUUCUUAUCGAGCUUCUUCUGUUGCUCUCCAGCGGACAAGUGCUCGGAGCUUCAUUCUAUGGGGAUGGAUAUGUACAGUUGAAAACUGUUGAAUUGUCCAGCCGUACGUCACUCCAUGUGCGCUUCCGAACCUCUAGUCAUAGUGGACUUCUUUUCUUGGCUGCCGGGGAGAUGGACUUCCUUCUUGUUGAACUGCAUUCUAGUCGCCUGCAGGUUCGGUUGGAUCUUGGGUCAGGCGAGCGCACCCUACGCUCAGAGAAGGGAGUCCACCUGAACGACAUGGCCUGGCACUCUGUGCAGCUCCAACAUGAGCAGCACAAUGUCACUUUAACUGUGGACCAUCACGCUCACACCAGUAUCCGGAUCCCUGGGCCAGACCUGGAGCUCAGUGUCCACGAUGGGCUGUUUGUUGGUGGGACGGUGGGCCUGAACAAAACCUACCUCCAUUAUCACAAUACCACAGGUUUCCGUGGCUGUGUGGAUGAGGUGAUUUUCAACCAGCACAAUCUGCUCUCCAGUCUACGGCCCUACUCUGGCUAUAAAAGUGUCCAUGAGGUGUCUCUGGGCUGCAGUCCUCAGUUCUCUGCUGGCAUGGAGGACCCCAUCAGCUUCUUCAGUUCACGGGCGUACAUGUUGCUUCCCCCGUGGAACAUCCCUCAGGAAGGGGUGUUGGAGUAUGAAGUACACACCUCGUACGGAGACGGCAUCAUAGUGUACAGCUCAGCCCACCACGGAGAGUUUGUUGCCAUGGAGAUCCGAGAGGGGCGCUUAAUUGUUGUCAUCGGUAAUGGAGGGACUAGGACAGAGCUGCGCUCCCUCACGUAUGUCAACAACCAAAGAUGGCACCGGGUAAAAUUGCACCUGCUCUCCAACAGUAUGCAAUUGACUGUAGGUGAGGAGAUAGUAAACCACAGCCUGGAGGCCCAUCCUAAGGCCCUAAAGCUCCAAGGUCCCCUCUACAUAGGUGGUGUUGAUGACAGAACACGUCUAGAUGCCAGGAAUCUAGGCCUGCUAUCAUUCAAUGGGAAGCGGUUGGCUGGUGGAGGAUCCUUCAAAGGCUGUCUGAAAGACAUUACGGUCAACUCACAAAGGAUGGGACCUCUACAUGCACUUGUCACUAAAGACAUAUCUGUGGGCUGUGAGCCGGCGAAGCAAGUGAUCACCAUUUUGAGCCCAACACUUGUCCCAUCUUUCACCCUGCCAGCUACCCACCACCGCGGAUCAGACAAAGACAGGAAGAGGCCAGGUCUGAAUUUUGUAGUUCUCAAAGACUUGGAGGUUCUGGAAGGUGGGAGGGCUCCGUUAGAGUCGAAACACAUCAGGGUGAACCUAGAUUUUCAGAAACUGGGGAUCCUUCAGUCUCAAAUGAUGUUCCGUAUUGAGGAGCAACCUGUGCAUGGUCAGCUGAGGAUAGAUAUGGAUGAUUCCGAUCAAGAGGAGGAUUGGACCUUCAGCAUGCUGGAUUUAUCACAUGGAAGAGUGAUGUAUGUACAUGGGGGCUCAGAAGACCCUCAAGAUUUCUUUAUGUUCUCUGUCUUCACCAACAGCAAGAAAAAUAUCCCCUUUUACCUGAAGGGAAAUAAGCUCCACCGUUUCAACAUCAGUGUCACGCCCGUUAAUGACCCUCCAGAGCUCAGCCUUCCUGAGGGAAGCCUCUUCACCCUCCUGGAGAACUCCAAACGUCAACUUGAUGUGGAUGUUCUCAGAGCCACUGACUCAGACAGCAACACAACAGACCUUGUUUUCACCAUCCUGGGGAACCAUAAUGCCGGAGCUGGUUUUCUGGAGAACAAUGAACUCCCAGGGAUGGCCAUCACUACCUUCUCCCAGCACGACCUGGAGGAAGGGAAGAUCAGCUAUGUGCACACUGGAGAGCUGGUGAAGAACUCUCGAAUAGCUUUAAGGGUCAGUGAUGGAGACAAGGUGAGUAACACAGUAGUUCUAAGGAUCAUGGCUGUCCAGCUUGAACACAAGGUGGCUAACAACACAGGAGUAGAAGUUAACCAGGGAGGGGCAGCCAUCAUCAGCAGUAAACACCUGGCUAUGGAGGUCAACAUUGUGAAGCACAGCUUUGACAUCCGCUUUGACGUGGUGGAGGCACCUCGAUAUGGCGAGCUGCAGCGGCUGCACUCCAGUGGAGAUUGGAAAACUACUUCUGUCUUCUCACAGAAGCUUCUGGAGAAAGAGCGAAUCAGGUAUAUCAACACCUUUCAGGGGAUUAAGACAAACAACGUCACAGAUCAGUUCAAAUGCAAGGUCAGCAUUGGCUCAACAGUGACAGAUGAACUGGUUUUCCUCAUUACAGUAAGGUGGAUCCACUUCAAAAUCACUAGGAAUAAGAUAGAGGUAAGCGGUGUGAGGAAUGUAGUCCUCAGCAACGAGGAACUCCGUGUUGUAUCAAAAGGAUUCAAGCUUCCCGAUGGUGAGCUUUACUUCAGAAUGUUAACCCUGCCAAAGAAGGGCCAUCUUGUGUUCAACAACAAAGUCUUAAAGAUCAACUCAACAUUCAGCCAGAAGAAUAUAUCUGACCACAUGGUCAAAUAUGAGGUUACAGACAGGCCUCAUGAAGAUGCAAGGGAUUCGUUUCGUUUCCAGGUGUUCUCCAAACAAGCACACUCUGGAGGCCACGAGUUCAGGAUCUACAUCAAGGCCGAUGUUCAUAGUCUGAUCCUUACGAACAAAGGACUGUCCAUACACGAAGGAGAAAGCAGGGUCAUUACCAAGGAUAGGCUUUUUGCCGGAACAGUCAGCACCAAAGCAGUACAUUACACCAUUAAAAGCAGUCCAAAACAUGGCAAACUAAAGAGGAUCAAUCUCUCUAAUUCAACGUCCAUUAACGAUAACGUCAUGUCUUUCACUAAUCAGGAUAUCCUAGAGGAGCGAAUUAUGUAUGUGCAUGAUGACAGCGAAUCCACGGAGGACGUGUUUACGUUUCAUGCCACACUCUACGAAGACACCAAGGAACUUAAUCACAAACGCUCCAAAAAGGAAAACACUCACUCCGUUGAUGAUGUCUUCAAGGUCACCAUUGCGCUCGUCAACGACGAGAAGCCCGUUCGCAUUGUCGAUAAGGUUUUCCACGUAGCCCGGGACGGGCAGAGGCUGCUGACAUUAGAUUUCCUGUGCUACCAUGAUGCAGACUCUGACUUUGAUGACCGCCAGCUGUUGUAUACCAGACGGGGCAUCCCCAUGGGUGACUUGGUUCUAGUGAACGACACAGGCCACAGGCUGUAUCAAUUCAGCCAGGAUGACCUGCAUCAUCGCAGGGUGCUUUUCAUUCACAGGGGGGUCAGCUCGGGAAGAUUUGUCUUGUUUGUUUCAGAUGGGAAGCACUAUACUUCCACGCUUUUGGAUGUUGUAGCCCAAGACCCAUACAUUAAGGUGGAGAACAACACAGGGUUGUUGGUUCAGAAAGGUCAGGCGGUUACCUUACGGUCAGCCAACCUCAGUAUUUUCACUAACCUGGAUGUUCGAGAGGAUGAGGAGGUGGUCUACCAAGUGUUCCUACCGCCCAGCCAUGGUGCUCUGUACAACAACAAUGUUAAGGUGAACCGCUUCACUCAACGUGACCUGAAGGCAGGUCAUUUGGAGUACCUCCAUGACAACAGCCGGAACCUGGCUGACUCUUUCAACUUUACGGUGAGUGUGAAAGAGGUGCGUCUGGACGCCAGCGUAGCAGUGAGGGUGUACCUGGAGAGCCACCAGCUGCCCCCCACAGUACAGUACAACCACAUCCUAGUGGUGGAGGAAGGCAAGCCUGUCAAGAUCAAGCAAGGAGAUCUGGAGGUGACGCACAAGGACAACCUUCCCUCAGACAUUGUGUUCACGGUGACCACGGCCCCAUCCCACGGUUUCCUCCGCAGAUCAUUCCAUGGAGAGGACCACUACAAGGGCACCAGAGAAGAUCCCAUCCACUCCUUCUCCCAAGAGGACAUCAACACUGGACACAUCCAGUACCUCCAGGUGGAUCAAGAUCAGACUUAUGACUUCUUCGUCUUGGACGCCUCCAACGGCAUUACGGAAGUCCAUGACAUCAGGGUCUCGGUGGAUGUCAUCCCCAACCACAUCCCGCUCCGUGUCUUCAACGUGACCCUGGGGGAGGGAUCGUCAGUUGCUCUGACGAAUGAGGUUGUACAGGUCAACAACAGACACUUCUCGGAGCUAAACAUCUUCUACAAUGUAUCACAGCCCCCUUGUCACGGUCACAUUGAGCACGCUCGCAUUCAUGGAGUCGCCAUCCCCUCGUUCACGCGGAAACAGGUGAACGCAGGACACAUUUAUUACGUCCACGACGGCAGCGAUACCUUGGCGGAUAACUUCACCAUCACCGCCAACGACACAGAUGUUCAGAAAUACAGCCGUCCCUGCACAGUGUUUGUCAGUGUGAUGCCUGUUAAUGAUGAGGCCCCAGUGAUAACAGCCAACAGGAUAUUAAGGGUGUGGGUGAACUCGGUGACAGAGAUCAGUGUGGAUGACCUGAGCUCUGAGGACAAUGACUCUCCACCGGAGGACCUAGAGUUCAUUGUGACCCCGCCGAGCAACGGAUACCUGGCCCUGAAGAGCGCCCCCACCAGGCACAUCCUGAACUUCACCCAGACACAUAUCCUCCGGGGCCAGCUGGUGUUUGUGCACAGUGGUGCCUUGUCUGGAGGGUUUCACUUCCAGGUCAAUGAUGGAGUGAACUUUGCCCCACGGCAGAUCUUCAGCACCAUAGCCCAUUCUCUGGUUCUCAUCCUGGAGCGAAAACACACCCUCCAGGUGUUCCCAGGCUCAUUGAAGACAAUCUCUCAGAAUGACCUUCUGGUGGUUACCAACGACAAUGGUGAUGUAAGAAGGAACCAGACCAUAGUUUACAGUGUCACCAGUCCUCCCAAGCUAGGGAAACUGGUCAGAAAGCAGACAGACAACUCCACACUGAAGAUAUCAUCCUUCACACAAAACAUGGUGAAUAAGGGUUUGAUCUGUUAUGACCAGACCGAUCUAGACUCAGUGGGGUGGUCGGUAACAGACUCCUUCACUUUCACGGUAUCCUCCCCUCCAGCGUCUCUUCCAUCCCAUGUCUUCAGCAUCCAUAUCUCAUAUGAACACGCACCUGCUGAGAGCAAUACCAUCCUCACUGCCAAUACCGGUGCUGUUGUGACCGAAGGUGGCAGAGUGAUGAUUGACAAGAUGAAGCUGGAUGCCUCCAACCUGCUGGGUAAGCUGCUGGAAGCCCAGAGACAGAACUACGAGGUCUGGUACCACGUCAUCUCUCUACCACAGCACGGAAUCAUCACCGUGGGGGAACGCAACUUGACCCGCACCAAACCCAACUUCUCCCAGUUUAUCCUAGACAGGUACGGCAUCACCUACCAGCACGAUGACUCAGAAACAACCCAGGACUUCUUCACUUUUGAGGUUUGGCUAAACCAGAAGGGCCAGCCUCCCCAGCGACCAUCCGACCCCAGCCUGAUAGUAACAGAGUCCUUUGACCUCACUGUGAACCCUGUCAAUGACCAGCCACCCCAACUUUUGACCCUAACCCCCAGUUUGAGGUUGGUUCAGGGGGACACCGUGGUAUUCAGCCCUGAGAACCUCAAGGUGGAGGAUCUUGACAACCCUCCAAGUGAGAUCCUUUACAAGGUGAUCAGCAAACCAAACAGUGGACACCUGGCUCUGGGGGAGCAUCUGAAUGAAACAGUGUCUGCCUUCACCCAGGCAGACAUCGAUGAGGGCAGGGUACAUUUUAUCCAGGAAGGUGAGCCAUCUUCGGGGGUGUUCUACUUCAGCGUGAGCGACGGGUUCCACCGUCCACUUUACAAGCUCUUUAACCUGGAGGUCACCGCGGCGACCGUGACCAUGGUGAACAACACAGGCGUGGAGCUGGUGCAGGGUCAGACCACUGCUGCCUUGACAACGGAACACCUGGCAGCAGAGACCAACGGGAGGAAAAGUGUGACUAUUCACUACACAGUGACAGCAGCGCCACAACGUGGCAGGCUCCUCAUGUCCGACCUUCCAGUCAGCGAGUUCAACCAAGAGGACCUCCACUCUGGCAGGCUAUCGUAUCACAUGACCGACCUCACUUCCUCCUCGGAUAGAUUUGAAUUCACAGUCUCCACGCCGGACAGCAACCUGACCGCUCAGACGGUCAACAUCACGGUCCGACCGCUCAUCCAUCUCGGUGAGCGCGUCCUGAUCCCCAGCGGUAUUGCGGUGAAGCUGAGGAAGGACGCUCUGGACGCCACGGAGCUCGCCAGGCUGAGUGGCAGCGACCCCGUGUUCUACAUCUUGUCCCCACCCAAACACGGCAAGUUGGUCAAGGUGACCUUUAACUUUUCGGACGAAGCCAGUCACUUUGCAGAAAGCUUCACAUUCCGGGAUGUGGUCCAGGGGAGGGUGGCGUUGGAGGAGACCCUGCUGACUAAUGUGUAUGGCAGCAACACCACCGACCAAUCGACAUCUUUACUGUCCCAGUUGGACAACAACAAAACUGAUGUCCAUAUAUCCAUGCUGAAUGACUCUUUCAAAUUCCUUCUGAAGGCGGAUAAUGUCCAGCCAGCUGUGGGAGAGUUCCUGUUCACCAUUGUGCCGUAUGAGGAGAGCUUAAACCACACAACCGGGUCACCGGGGCGCAACCGAACCAUGGGCGGCAGAGUUACCCACUCACACACUACAAACCGCAAAAAGAACUUGCAGAAGCAGUUCAAAGACAGUCACCAGUGGGAUAAUGAGACCCGCAGAGGUCACCCCAUGAUCCCCACCGUCCCCAGGAGCACCCAUGCUAAACACGACCACCACGGCCCCCACAGGAACACCCCGGUCCGGGUAGAGACCCUGCCCCGGCCGGCCUCAGACCCACUGCUGCUUAUCCUGCCCUUCCUGGCUUGCUUACUGCUCAUCGUCAUCCUGGUGGGGUUGAUUCUGGUGCUGAGGCACCGCAGAGAGAAGAGGGCCUUAUCGAGGGGUCUUAUCCAGGAGCUGGCUGCAGUAGCAGGGGAAGGAGUCCCAGAGAGGAGCCCCUACCUGGGCCGGCCUGAAAGGAGUAUCACUGUCCCCUCUGUGGUGGUCACCCCACUGCUAGGCCCCAAUAGUUGCCCCAGUAGCCCGAUUCUCAAUGAGCUGCGAAGAGGAACGCUGGCCCCACAUGACCCUUGUCUGUUACUAUGGGCAGUGGAUGAGGUUCCUGACAUCGACCACCCCUGUCGAUCCCCGAGCUCACUAAAAGACAACCAAUACUGGGUUUAAUCGACAUUAUACCGAGAAACAGAAACUAAACGUUAUACGUUUGAGUAGUGUUGAUUUUUGUAAAACCCCAACACCUACUCGGAGUUCAGCACAGGGUUUAAUUUAUGAACUUUGUCUUGUUCUUGACUAUUGACUACUGGCGCCUUCCACUCUGUUAUUUAUUCACCCAGUUUUGCAAUUUUACAAUAUCCAAGUUGAUAUUAUUGCUUUGCCUCAUCAAAAGAUACUGCACAGGGUUUGGGAGCAUCAAAGAUCCAUGUCCACAGAGCGCAUCUCAUCAAAGCAUUUUGCUUCUCAUCCCAAUGCUCUCAGCCAGGACAUUUAGGCCAGCCCACAAAAUGAAAACGUUCCCUGGGCAACAACAAUGAUUGAGCUUGCGGAAGACCACCGCAAGUAGUUGCUACAUCUUGACAAGACAAAGCAGCCCUGUCCGUCGUCCACCAGUCCACCCCCGGCUACGCCAAGCCAAAUCCUUUCUGCUGGACCCUCGGGAAUGGUUGGGAGGACACCAACAGGCUUCUAAUGCCUGGCUGGCUGUUGACUUCCACCACCACUUGUGGGGCAUGCCAUUUUCAAUUUUUUCAGUGUUCAAAGAAACCCCUCAGGGCUUAUGUUCCCAUUGUUGAACCUACUUCAAUGGCUCCUUCCAUACGAAGACAUUUCUUAUACAGUAUGUCAAGUUCUAAAGUGGUUUUGCUAUUCACCUUUAAUUUGUUUACAUAUGGCAGCUCACUAUUUUAUACUCUACCAUUUUGGACCAACUUGUUUUCAAUUAAUGUUUUAUUUUGUAAAAUACAACUGGGUAAAUGAAUACUUCGGAUACAGCGUAAGCCACUAGCCUACACGGUUUUACAAGUAUUUACAGUUACAGUGUUAUCUGGUUGACAUAACAGCCACUACGUUUAUUAAUGAUCCUAUUUACAUUUAUCCUAUUUUACAGUGGAAUCUAAAACAUGUCUUGCAUUUUGCAGUAUGUAGUUUACAUUGAUUUUAUGCAGCCAUCAACAAAAAAAGCUUGUGCCCAUAUUUAUAUAUAAAUACAGCUCUCUAAAAGAAACUGAGAAUGGUCUUUGAGGCACCUUUAUGUUAAAUGCAGUCCGGCAAUUGUCAUGUUGUAAUUGUCAAAAUGUCUUGUUAGGUACGAUAGCUAGACCAAAUACUUGACUACCGCAUAUUCACUUUCAAAAUGAUAAUACUCACAUUUUGUAAACAAACAACAACAGUAUCAAGCCUAUGCUCUCGGCAUAGACCAUAAUCAGUGAUUGAAUGCCAUGUAGCGUACUGUACCUGGCAGUAGAUACAUUAAGCAGCAUUCCUCUGUAUUGGUGAAAUUAAUAUACUAUACAGCAAGUGAUUUACUGCAUAAAUCUGUUAUCACUUUUCUUUUUGGCUCUGUGUCACAUUGAUCCUCAUAAAACGACUUGGCAGAUUUCUCUACCACAGUAGGCCUGUCCUAAGGUCAGAUUUAUCCAGUCGAAGCUGAGCUCUAAAGAGAAUGUGUCCCAGUGUCUUUUCACACAAUUCACCUCUGUCAAUAACACUUCCUGUGCUGCAGCUUGAAGUAAUUUUAGUGUCAUUCCACAAAUCCAGCAUGUGUUCCAAACCAUCUGUAUAUUUUUAAAUAAAAUGUUUAUUUAAUACAG